GUUAUGUCAAUUAUUGAACAUUUGCUGGACGUCAAACACACAGUUGAUUCAUCGUUUAUUGUCCACUGGAGAAACGCAUAGAAAUAGUGUUUGAUGAUUUUAACUGCGGCCGAGCGAAUAAAAAAUAAUAAUUUUAUUGCAAUCAUGACAGAAUCAACGACCGCAUGCUUUUUCGCCAAAGUGCUGUAUUCAUUAACCAAGAAUUCAACGUUUGUGAUAAGUACGGAGAUUGCAUUCGUCAUUGGUUUGCUGUCCAUUUUGUAUUUGUAUCGCAGCAAAAAUCGAAAACAACUCACUGAAGAGCAAAAGCAGUCAAUAAUCCAAAAUUGGACUCCAGAAGAGCUGAUUGAAGAUGUUCCGGAAAAUCACCCAGUAUUAACCAACAAACGCAUUGUUACGACAACAACAGGCAAACAAAUCACAAUAAAUGGUCAUCAUUGCUUGAAUUUGGCCACACACAACUAUUUGGGCUUACUCAAUUUACCGGACAUCAAGGAAAGUGCCAUUGAGGCUAUUCGAAAGUAUGGAGUUGGCUCAUGUGGACCACGCGGAUUUUAUGGAACAAUUGAUGUUCAUUUGGAACUUGAAGAACGAUUGGCAAAAUUCAUGCAUAUGGAAGAGUCGGUUGUCUAUUCUUACGGAUUUUCAACAGCGGCUAGUGCUAUUGGAGCCUAUUGCAAACGAGGCGAUUUAGUUUUUGUUGAUGAGUGUGUGCAUUUUUCAAUUCAAAAAGGGCUUGAUGCAUCACGCAGUAAAAUUUCCUAUUUCAAACACAAUGACGUUGCCGACCUGGAACGACUGCUGAAAGAACAAGAUGCCAUCGAUCGCAAAAAUCCAUCGAAAGCAUCGAAAAUUCGUCGCUUCAUUAUUGUCGAAGCCAUUUACAUGAACACAGGUGAAAUGUGCCCAUUGCGAGAAAUCAUUGAGCUGCGAAAACGUUACAAGCUUCGAUUGAUUCUGGACGAGAGCGUCUCAUUUGGUGCAUUGGGAAAUCAUGGCCGUGGAAUAACCGAACACCUCAAUGUUAAUCAUGAUGAAGUGGAUUUGAUUUGUUCAACGUUAGAAAAUGCAGUCGGUUCGAUUGGUGGAUUUUGUGUUGGCACCACAUUCAUUGUUGAGCAUCAGCGCUUGUCUGGUCUUGGAUACUGUUUUUCAGCAUCAACACCACCGCUGCUCGCACAAGCAGCCAUCGCAGCACUGGAUCAUUUCGAAAAUGAACCGGAAAUGUUCAAAGAAUUGAAUGACAAGUGCCGAAAGUUGAAUGCAAAAUUGCAAAACUUGACACGGUUCACAUUCAGAGGGCACGAACUUUCGCCAAUCAAACAUUUGUAUUUGAAAAAUGUUGACGAAGAGCGAACAGAAAAGGUGGAAAUUUUAGAGAAAAUUGUUGAUAAGUGCAUCGAACUGAAUUUGGCGAUCAUUAACGCAUCCUACUUGGAACAAGUAGAGAGAUACUGCCCGGAGCCAAGCCUUCGAGUGGUUGCCAAUAGACUUCUGACAGAUGAAGACAUCCAAUUUGCGUUUGAUACCAUUGAAAAGGUCUCAGCAGACGUGCUAUCGAAAUUGUAAUGUCGAAAUUCAGUCACAUCACAUCAUGAAAUUCGAUUGCGAUAUGAAAUUCCAACCGUUUGAUGAAGUGAAAAAAAGGAAAUUUAGUUUAGAAACUGUUUCUAUUUGUAUUACUAUGCCAUUUAGAGAAAUAACACAAGAAUUAUGUGCACCAAGUUCUAGGGGAUAGACAAGGUUUAUUAGCACACAAGUGUUGUACGUCUCGUUUGCUCGUUUCUAUCGCUGAAAGCGAGGUCGUGUCUUACCCUCAGAUUAAAUCGGUAGAAGAAUAUUUCUAUCAAAUUAAAUUUCACGCAAAAAGUAUCAUUCUUACAGCUUUCAUCCUAGCUUAUGAUUCAUAAAAAUAAAUGUUGUUUUUAAGAUAAAUUUUAUGAGUUAUUUAUGAAUACAUAAGAAAGCAAAUAAAUAUAAAGGCACCGUAAAACGGCGAUAUAAAUAUUGAA